AACAGAGUCUGAACCACCCAGCCUUCCAGCCCCUCCGCCUCCUGGAGCAGCCCGCCCCAGCACCACCCUCCCCCUAACCCCCACGCUCCUCCAGAGGAAGCCCCACAGCCACAUGGACAACACUGUGCCCACCAGAAGCCACGGCAGUAAGAGCUCGGGUCACCGUCACUCUAACAGUAAGGAAUGUUCCAGCCUACCUCGCCAUGGCGACCUUCACCUAGGCAAUGACAGCUUCCUAAACGGCAACAAGCCUGUUUCGUCCAGCCUGAGCCCCACCCUCCACCCCAAGGCUUACAUGACCCAGACCCUCAACCGCUCCAUGGCCUGUAGUAAGGACUUGGUCAACAACAACAUGCCACACCUGCUCAGCCCCAAGGACACCAAGGGCACGACACAGUUUGACUUCAACCUGGUUGGUGUUGGGCCCCCAGGGGCCAAGGCUCCUGACCAGCAGGGCCCUGGAGCCAUGUACGUGAAGUCCACCUCCCGCUCUCAGCAGCAGCAACAGCAAGGGCAGGGACGACACUCUUCCUUUCUGGAGGGCAAGACCAAUACCAUGGAGAAACAACAUGGCCGCCAUGGUGGACACAACAUAGACUCCACCCACAGCUCCUCCAAGAGUUCCAGUUCCUACCUGAGCCUGUCCAAGAGCCACAGCGCCUUGAGCAACAAUGCCAAGUCUGUGGGUGGUAACCUUGGAGAUGGGGUGAGGGGCGUGCACCCCGACGAUCCUACGGCAACCCCUGGAAUCUCCGCCCGCUUCUUCCCUGCCAG